AUGUCGUUGAAUCGAUAUAUGCAUCCACGUAAUCCCUAUAAGGAACGACCACCGGAUUUCAACGAUCUUGCUACUCGAUUUGCCGACUUUCGUGCUCAUUGCACUCUAGGAAGCAAUGGCAGGGUAUUUGUGAACUUUCAAGAGGAUGGAGCCGUUCGCUCACUUGCCAAGGCUUUAUUGAAAAAGGAUUUUGAUCUCGAGUUCUCCGUCAUUGCCUCAAACGCGUUGAAUUAUAUACUUUUUAUUGAAGAUUUAUUAAAACUCAAUCAAAUUGAACAGGAUAUUGUGGGUAUUGACAUUGGUCAGUUUCUUUAUUGUCUUCCAUGCAUGGUUUUUGGAGUUAUUAUUCACGCACAUUCCCUCUUGGGCUUUUCAUAA